GCCGUCGCUAGGCCGCGCCGCCAAGGGAGGAAGUGUCGUAAAGGCUGACAGGAAACUUGGCCGCGGGUUACGGCAGCGGCGGCCGCGCUUGGCGGCCGCUGGCUGAGCGGAGAGUGGGAGCCGCGGCGCUGAGGAGACGCGGGGGAUAUGGCCGAGGUACCGCCGGGGCCUAGCAGCGUCCUCUCCCCGCAGGGGGACACGCUCUCCCCCUUCCCCGGAGGAGGAGGGGGGGGGGCUGCUUCCUCCUCCUCUUCACCCUCCUCUGCCGCCGCCGCCGCCUGCACCGGGGCCCAGGACGAGGAGGCCGAAGAGGAGGAGGAAGAGGAGGGACCCGCGGGCGGCCGGGAGCAGCAGCAGCGAGGAGGAGGAGGAGGCGGCGGCAGCGACAAGGGGGGGCAGCAGCACCGCCUCCACCGCCACCACCACCACCAUCCCCCGCACCACAACCACCAGCUCAACGGCCUCAUCAGCCCCGAGCUGCGGCACCUGCGGGCCUCCCUCAAGAGCAAGAUCCUCAGCUCGGAGGCAGGGACAGCCCCCGAGGGGCUGGAGAACAAGCGAGCCAGCAAAACAAUGGGCUCCGGACAGCAGCAGCAGUCCUCGCCCCCGACCACAGCACCGUGCUCGUCCCCCCUUAGCAACCACCUCCCUCCCCAGGGAAGGACUGCACCCUCUCCUCCUCCUUCUCCCCCAGCAGCAGCAACAGGGGACAGGAGCCAGCCUGCUGCCACAACUACAACUGCUGCUAAGACUGCAGCCCGCAAUGGACUGGCAGGAGGGACUGGCUUGGAGGAGGAAGAGCAGGAGGAUGGGGAUGAAGGAGGUGAGGAGGAGGAGUCCCUGCUGCUGCUCUCCAGGUCCUUAGAGGCAGCUUGCAGUUUGAAAGGCUCGGGAACGGACUCUCAGCCCGAGGAGGACCUAACGAUACGAUACGUCCGAUAUGAGUCAGAGCUGCAGAUGCCCGAUAUCAUGAGACUGAUCACCAAAGAUCUGUCUGAACCCUACUCCAUUUACACAUAUAGGUAUUUUAUCCACAACUGGCCACAACUUUGCUUUUUGGCCAUGGUAGGUGAGGAGUGUGUAGGUGCCAUCGUCUGCAAGCUGGAUAUGCACAAAAAGAUGUUCCGCAGAGGUUAUAUAGCCAUGUUAGCAGUGGAUUCCAAAUACAGAAGAAAAGGAAUUGGUACAAACUUGGUUAAGAAAGCUAUUUAUGCUAUGGUUGAAGGAGAUUGUGAUGAGGUUGUAUUGGAAACAGAAAUCACAAAUAAGUCUGCUUUGAAACUUUAUGAAAACCUUGGUUUUGUGCGAGACAAGAGGCUGUUCAGAUACUAUUUAAAUGGAGUUGAUGCACUGCGUCUUAAACUAUGGCUGCGUUAAAAGAAACCAUCCCAUCGAGCAACUGACGUCCCAACAGCGCAGAGUUGUCCUUUGCAUGCAAUGCAAUUUGUCCAAAAAUUGCUUUGCAGGUGGACUUAGUAAUUUCCAUGCAGCUCUUUAAUCUGUCAGUGUCUCAUUGAGUGUCGCACAUAUUUGUUGCACUUUGGCAUGGCGCAUUAUUUGUCAGAAUUAAACCCGAUUGGUUUCAAACUUGGAGUUCUUUUGGUACCAGCGAGAUGUGCCAGUUGAUAGCCAAGAUAUGUUCAUUCAUUUGCAAGUCUACUGACUGUACUACAUACACAGUGAACAUUUUAUCGAAGAACCUGUAUGCGGAGCGCGACUUUUGGUUCCAGAAAAACAAAAAAGCCAAUGUAGAUUGUAAAAAUUCUAUAAGUAUACUAACAUUUCAUACAAAAAUUGCCAUAGUUUUCUGGAAAAGGAAAAAAAAAAGGCUUCAAUUUUAGGUUUUAUUUUUCAAUAUUGAAUUUUCCAUUCUUAAAUAUUGGUACCUCAGUGAUUAGUGAAUGAAAAAAAUGUAUUGUAGGGUGGGGUGUGUGUUACAACGAGUAACAGUAACAAUUAAAUUGCGUCUGCCAGUGCCUGUAUAGAUAAGUAUAUUUGUCUUCACCUCUAAGUUUGGAGUGCAUGCUUUUAUUCUUUUACUCUCUUCAAUUGUCUUUGCGAGAAAAUUUCGGCUUUUAUUUAAAUUCUGGAUUUGAUAAUAAAUUAUUUCAGAUUUUUAUGAUUUGGAAUACUUCUCCCAAACGAGGGUUCGCAGGGCCCUUCUUUUCUUAUAGCAAGAAGUGUAAGCUAUUUUGAAAACCUUGAGUAGCUGCUAAAAGAGAACCUGAUGCCACCAGUCAUUCUCUGCUGGUUUCGGAUGCACUUUUUUCAUUCAAAGAGUGAGGGACUUUAAAAACAAAAAGAAGAUAUAGCAAAUUAAUGUAAAUUGGUAUGAUUCUAUUUAAUCAAAAUUAUUGCUAGAAGCUCUGAGAAACAGCUAUUUUAAGAUAGUUGGAACAAUUUUUUUUCAGAUUGCUUUGCUUCAGUGUUCUAAAAUGCUUCAAUCUUUGGUUCUUGGUCUUGGAAAUAAAUUUCAAGGUGUAUUGUAUCCAUUUUUAGCUGCUCUCAUUUUCUCUAAACUUACAUGAGCUAAAUUAUUGGGGGAUUUUUUUCCCUCUAAAAUCAAAGCAGUGGGGAAGGACUUUUCUCUCUCUUUCUCAUGUUCACUCUUGCUUUGUUUUUCUCUAUAUUUUCCCCUUUAAUUGGGCUCACAAAGGUUUUACCCAUCAAUAUUUUUUCAGUAACUCCAACAUCUAGAUUUUCUUGUUCAACGUGAUCAUAGAGCCCAGUUCUAUGAAUCAGUCGGGGUUUUAUUUUCACUUUGGAAAAAAGGUUAUUAGUUGACUUGUAAUCUGUGAAAAGGAUGAACUCAGUGGAUCUGCUCUUCUGUAGCUGAGCAUAAUCUUCAGAUUUGCCUUACUACACUUUCUUUUGUUUGUUUAGAGGUUGAUUUGAGUCUUUUCUUUUGCUAAUUACUUUACAUUUAAAAACAAACCCAAGAAACCCCCUACCUCCAGUAACAUGUAGAAAAGAGCCCUGUGCAGGAAGACUGGAUUAAAGGAAAGCCUUAUUUUGCGCAGACGUGGUGACGGGCGUUUCUUACCGCGUACAAACCACGAGUUGUAUUUGAAAAGAAAGAUUUGGAGUGGAAAUUGGCCCUUCUGGCUUUUCUUUAUGUAUUUAACACAGUGCCCGAAUCAAAGUGCUAUAAACUGGAGUCUGUUAUUCACAGAACACAUUGGGAGUGAAGCCGCUAUUGCCUUGUGACGCACCUGAGCCAUUUGUUUGGAUUAUCCUGACCCUUCAGCUCUACCAGAUUCUCUGGGCAGCUUUUCAGGAGGUUUGGUUCAUCGUUAAGGCUUAAAUAUUGAUAAUAUUCAAUGGAUCAGAGCAGGUUUCUCCAAGUGCAGGAGGUGGUGGUUGCUCUGGCUCAGUUGAACUAAGGAGACAGAUCGGGGAGGUUUCGUACCUUGUUAACAGCUGUGGGACCUGUAUCCCAAACUGCAUCCGCUGAUGUUUAAAAACUGCAAAGCCAGACAGGCAAGUUUUCUAUACAUUAAUAUUUAAGCCGUGGGUGUCUUCGGAUUCACAAACCGACUUCGAAGUCGGCCAGAAUGGCUUUUCAUAAAGGUGCUGCCAAAAUGUAUUUCCUGAGCAAACUUCCAACACAAUUCUGUCUGUUCAUUGUGAGGAGCGGUCGUCACCGCGCACGCUUUGAAAACUGCGCAAAAUAGGUGCCUGUUUCCUUUAUAGAAAGCACAUUGCCCAAAAGGUUCUGCUAUGGCUGCGGCGGAACACGCGGUUCACAACCGAAGAUACUGAAGCUGUAUGUGUUGGAUCGUAUGAAAAGAAACUGAUCAGUUCUCUGUGUUGCUUGGGGUUCGAGUAUCAAGUGGGAAGUUCUGAAUUUGCAAAGAGGUGAAAGCAGGUUUUCAAAACCCAGCGUGAAAAGUGGGUCGUUUCUCCUGUCUGUUGCUAAAACACAGUCCUCUCCCCCCUCUCACCUUUUGCAUUGACAAAUCGAGCGAAGGAGUUGAUCACUUUUAUGUUUAACUUUGCCCGACUGUUGCUCUGGGCUGAUGUGUUGGUAUGGAUGUUUGCAUUAUAUUGUCUUUUUUUUUAAGAAACGAUCAGGUUCAUCACCUUCAAGAAAAGUCGGCAAAGUGGAAUUGGCGUUGCAUAGUGUGUCGCAACCAAUUUUUCAGGGCACUGCAAGAAAUUGCUGAAAGCGAGUGCGAUGUUAAGAGUUCCAGGUCUUGUAUGAACAUGGCAACCUGUAUCGGAGUUCAGGUAUCAGGUGGGCAUCUGUGAAAAUAUCAAAUGUAUCUCAAAAUACUGGACUGCUGUUUUGAGUGGAUUAUAUUCUGUCCCUUUAUCCUUUUUGAUGAGAACAAAAACAGUGGGGUUAAGAAAUGUACAAGCUGUCUAAAUACAAUGCAGUCAAAUAAAUAGUUGUUUAUCUAUUUCCUUUUGAA